CUUGAUGCUAAAAUUAUAAUCGCUUUAUUCCGGAAGUAGCAGACAAGAAUGGAAAAAGAAGUUCAAUGUUUGAAAAAUGGAUUUCUAUUGCGAUUGGAGCAAAACAAAAAAUGGAAGAUAAGAUGGUUUACAUUGGAAGAAGAUCAGCUGGUGUGUCAUCCAAAGAGAGAUAGAUACGUGGUUAUAGAUACAAUCAAUUUACAUGGGGCAUCAGUUGUCUGCCCCUCAUUGACAAGCUUCAAAGCAGAGAAUUUGGGCGAGUUUCAUAUCCACACACCAAAGGGAGAGGAACUAUGCUUUAGAGCUGCAGGAAAAGAGGAUUGUGAUGGAUGGGCUCAUGCUAUUGGUGCUGUCCUGAGGUCACUGACUGUGUCCAACCAGGAUUCAGAGAAAAAUGUUCCAUUCCAACCAUUUAGAGUAAAUACAAAUGUCAGUGAGAUCCUUGGUGCUCUUCAGGAACCUGAAGCUGGAGUAGAACUUGGUAGUCAUGUCAGAAAUGGUGACGUUCAUAAAAACUGCUUUGAAGGCCACAGUAUAGUGGACUGGCUAGAAAGAUGGUCCAUUAUAAGGAGAAGAGAUGAUGGCGUUGCUAUGGCACAGACGUUAUUGAAACUAGGUCAUCUCCAGGAAGUAGAUAUUUUAGAUGGUGCUGCUGGUGCUGCAAGAAAAUUUGUUGAUGGAGACAAACUUUAUAGAUUUACUUCAUUAAAUCUUGGUAUGAAGAGGAACAGUUUUUAUGAUAGUACAGACAGUGAAUCAAGUUCAUCAGAAGAUGAAGAUGACACUACUGAAGAUUUAACCAAACUAAGGAAAGGCAAAAUAAUCAAAGCAGGUUACCUUUGGAAAAGGAAAAAUAUAAGGAAAGAAUGGCGAGUCAGAAGAGUAACCGUUCAUCAAAAUCCUUCUGUAAUGGCUUACAGUCGACCUGUUUCACCAGAGGGUAUUGAGCCAAAAUAUAAAGUGAUAGAACUGAAUCGUGGCAGCUUACAAGAAUCAAAGAAAGCAGGAGGUAAUAAAAGUAAGAUGACUAUCAAAGAUCAGACAGGAAGAUUGCAUGUGUUCAAGUUCAAAGACGAAGCAGAAAAAUCUCAGUGGAUGACAGUUGUACAACCACUUUGUCAGAGCAUCAAACCAAAAGAACCAGUUUGUCAGAGCACCAAACCGAAAGAAAAGGCUUGAUAAACAUAUGAAAUAGUCGGGUAUUGUCAAACAAAAAAGUUGGCAUUUGUUUUAUAGAGUAUUUGUUAAAUA